UUGACCCCAUUACCUCUCCCAUUCCCAGAAAAGAAGAAACCGAGCAGAGGAGAAACGGGAAGGAAGGGGAGGAGGAGAAGAAGGGAAGAGGGUAAGGAAAGAUGUACGGGUACGCGAGCGUGGAGAAGGCGGCGGGAGGGGACUUGGAGGCCGGGACGCUGUACCCGGGCCUCUCCCGCGGCGAAAACGAGCUCCGGUGGGGCUUCGUCCGCAAGGUGUACGGCAUCCUCGCCGCUCAGCUCCUCCUCACCACCGUCGUCUCUGGUGCUACCGUCCUCAAUGCCUCCAUUAAUAAGCUGCUCACCGGCAACUCCGGCCUCGCGCUCGGCUUGGCCCUCCUCCCGCUUUUCUUAAUGUUCCCACUGUAUCUUUAUCAACAAAAGCACCCACUGAAUUUCUUAUUUCUGGGGCUGUUCACUUUAUGCCUAAGCCUGAGCGUGGGUGUGGCUUGUGCAAAUACCCAAGGAAGAAUUGUGCUUGAGGCAUUGAUUUUAACUUCCGCUGUUGUUGCAUCCUUAACUGGAUAUACUUUCUGGGCUUCAAAGAAGGGCAAGGACUUUAGCUAUCUUGGACCAAUUUUAUUCGCUGGUCUUCUUGUUCUUCUUCUUACAAGUUUUAUCCAGAUACUCUUUCCACUUGGGUCUACAUCGGUUGCUAUCUUUGGUGGGCUCGGGGCUAUCAUCUUCUCAGCUUUUCUGGUCUACGACACGGACAACUUGAUAAAGCGCUACAACUAUGAUGAGUACAUAUGGGCAUCAGUUGUUCUCUACCUAGACAUCCUCAAUCUGUUUCUUUCCCUCCUGAACUUGCUGAGAGGCAUGCAGUCAGAUGGCUAGGAAGGAGUAACUAAAAUAACGGUGCCGCUUGAAUGAAGUUCAUCUGAAUACAACUUCACCUGUUUCUGUUUUAUCUCAAUUUGAUGUCUGUAGUAUCCGUUUUGUCGAAGUGUUCACAGGGUCAUAUAUCAUUAUGUUGUACAUGGAGGAUUUCUGCAAAUAAUGGAGCUAGUUAAGGGCUCUUUCGUUAAGUACUUUCUUUUCUUUUCUUUUCCUUUUUUUGGUUGUCAGUUGUAACCUAAAUGCUAGCCCAUAAUGCUUUCCCAAUAUUAGUGUGCAUACUAUUCUGGGCAGUUUUUUUUU